AUGGCGAUGGGAAUGCUGCUUAUCUUAUGCUAUGAGCCUGUGUCGCUGCUGCAAGUAGCAAGUGGGCUGAUGAUAGCUGUGGGGAUCUAUUCAAAAACAGCGGUGGAAGGAGGUGCCGUGGAUUCGCUGAUAGCAGACCCUGCACUAAUACUGAUCAUUGUGGGAUGCUUAAUAUUCUGUAUCACUUUCCUGGGCUGUUUUGGAGCUCUGCGCGAUAUUCAGAUUCUGCUGAAAAUAUUCCUGUGGACUCUCCUGAUCAUUCUGCUACUUCAAGUAACAGUUGCUAUACUUGGCUUCAUAUUCUCUGAAAAGGUGGAAAAGAAAGCAGUAGCAUUACUGGAGAAAGGAAUUAUCAGAUACAGGGAUGAUCUGGAUCUGCAGAAUCUCAUUGAUUAUAUCCAGAAAAAGUUCAAAUGUUGCGGAGCAUCGAGUUACAAAGACUGGUCGCAAAAUAUGUACUUCAGCUGUGUGGAAACCAACCCCAGCCUUGAACAGUGUGGUGUGCCAUAUUCCUGCUGCAUCAUGACUGCUAAAGAGGUGCUGAACACAAUGUGUGGGUACGAGACUCAGCAGCUCAAGUUUUGGAUGGCUCGGAAAAAGAUCUACACUGAUGGAUGUUUGAACACUAUUGUCCAUUGGGGACAUAAAAACCUGCUUCUGAUUGGUGGCAUUGCUCUUGGCCUGCUUCUCCUCGAGAUUUUGGUGAUCUCAUUGACGGCCGUUUUGCUCCAACAAAUCCACUUCAUCAAGAAGAAAAUCAAUCAAAGGAGCACCAUGCACUAG